AUGUCUUUAUUUGCAGAGAUAAGCACAACAUCCCUUCAUUGCUGGCAAGAGGAGGAGUUUUCGAUUUUGACGUGUGCACGGUGCAACCCCUUUCAGAUGAAAUCAUGGGCACCAUGUGACAGAACUGGAUUCAUAGUAAAGAUCAACUGUGCAAAGUCCAACAAAGUUGAAUACAAGAGCUGCCGAUCCUCUCGGAUGGAGGAGAGCCUAUUCUGGAGGUUUGAGGGGAUCAUGAUGUGCCUGACGGUAGUCUUGGUCCUGGUGGUUAUAGCUCGUCAGAGAACCCUGGACCACCUGGCCUCUGAAAAGGUCCGCAGGCAGAUCCUAUCCAUAUAGAGACCGGGUGCUGUUGGCCGGCGCUUGUCCACUCUCAAAUGUUCGAAGGACUUGAAUGGCAGCACUUGCACCUUGGUAUCUCUUUUGGGAUCAGUAUUCCAUUUUGAUCCCAUGUCUUGUUGAGGCCUUAUUUGUGAAAUGUCGAUG